UUCUUAAUUUUUCUAUGGUCUUUAUACACAAAAAUAUACAGCGACCUUUAUAUAUUUUAGGAGGGGUCCCUCACAGGGUGAUAUUUGGGGUCCUUGACAUAAAAAAGUUUGAAAACCCUGCCUUAGAAAACAUGGAGAGAAUUUAUUUUGUGAAAUAUUUUUGCUUUCCCGCACAAAAACGUACCUUUAUCCAUUCCUUACAAAAAUGAACCAUGGCUUUGCUACAGUAACUAUAUUUGACUGUGAUAUUUGUGGUAAAACUGUAGUAAUAAUAGAGGAAGACCAAACAUUGGUGGUACAUAUAAAAAACAUUUUUCAUACAAAAUCAUUACUACAAUGAAACGAUGGUUAAUUUUUGUAAGUACCUGCUUUUUUUGUGGAAACCAUGAUUUUAAAAACAAUACAUGUACCAUAAAUUAACCAUGUUGUUACUAUAGUAAAACUAUGGAGCCCCUUAGAGGAGAGGCCAGGAUUUUUUGUUCUGAAAUAGUUUUGCAUGCCCUCGCAUUAAAUUUACCAGGGUUUAACUAAAAUAACCAUAUGUUAACCUUGAUAUUCAUAGUAAAACCAUAGUAAUAAUACAGGAAAGCAAAAACUAUGGUAAUAAAAAUGACCAUUAUCUAUUGUGAGGGGAUGCAAAACUUAUUGCAAAGGCACGCAAAACUAUAGCAAGGGAACGCAAAUUAUUGUGAGGGAACGCAAAACUAUUACCAGGGAACACAAACUAUUGUGAGCGAAUGCAAAACUAUUGCGAGGGCACGUAAAAAUAUUGCGAGAGAAUGCAAAACUAUUACCAGGGAACGCAAACUAUUGUGAACGAAUGCUAAACUAUUGCGAAGGCAUGCAAAACUAUUGCGAUGUCACGCAAAACUAUUACCAGGGAAUGCAAACUAUUGUGAGCGAUUGCUAAACUAUUGCGAAGGCACGCAAAACUAUUACCAGGGAACGCAAACUAUUGCGAGGGAACGCUAAACUAUUGCGAGGGAACGCUAAACUAUUGCAAGGGAACGCUAAACUAUUGCGAGGGAACGCUAAACUAUUGCGAGGGAACGCUAAACUAUUGUGAGGGAACGCAAAACUAUUACCAGGGAACGCAAACUAUUGCGAGCGAACGCUAAACUAUUGCGAGGGAACGCUAAACUAUUGCGAGUGAAUGCGAAACUAUUGUGAGGGAACGCUAAACUAUUGCGAGGGAACGCGAAACUAUUGCAAGGGAACGCGAAACUAUUGCGAGGGAAUGCGAAACUAUUGCGAGCGAACGCUAAACUAUUGCGAGGGAACGCUAAACUAAAGGAGCGCAAACUAUUGCGAGGGAACGCUAAACUAUUGCGAGUGAAUGCGAAACUAUUGCGAGGGAACGCUAAACUAUUGCGAGGGAACGCUAAACUAUUGCGAGGGAAUGCUAAACUAAAGGAGCGCAAACUAUUGUGAGGGAACGCUAAACUAUUGCGAGUGAAUGCGAAACUAUUGCGAGCGAACGCUAAACUAUUGCGAGGGAACGCUAAACUAAAGGAGCGCAAACUAUUGCGAGGGAACGCUAAACUAUUGCGAGGGAACGCUAAACUAUUGCGAGGGAACGCUAAACUAUUGCGAGUGAAUGCGAAACUAUUGCGAGCGAACGCUAAACUAUUGCGAGGGAACGCUAAACUAUUGCGAGCGAACGCUAAACUAUUGUGAGGGAACGCUAUAAUACUGCGAGGGAACGCUAAACUAUUGUGAGCGAACGUGAAACUAUUGCGAGGGAACACAAAAAUAUUUCCGCCCUGUCUUCUGUGGGGUUCCAUACUAUAAAACUGUAGUAAAAAUGUUGUUUUUAUUUGUUGUUGUUUUUUGGCAGAAUUAUUAUAAUUUUUAUUACCAUAGUUUUGGUGGUUCUGUAUUAUUACUUUAGUUUUACCACAAAUGUCAUGGUGAAAAUAUGGUCAUUGUAGUAAAACAAUGGUAAAUUUACAACAAAUACCAUGGUUGAACUAUAGUUACUGUUGUAAUUUUUGUAAGAGAUGGAUAAAGGUAUUGUUAAAGAACCUAAAAUAAUUGUGAAGGAAAUGUAAAUCUGUUUCAUCAAAUAAAAUCCUUUCUCCUGAUUAAAAUGAAGUUAGAUUUUAGAUAUUUGUAAUACAGGUCCACAAUAUAUUUUAUUUGCUGUCAUAUUUGGUAAACACAACUGUCUGUUCCAAGCAGAAAUCUGUGGUAAUUAGUUUCGCCUCCAUCUUGUCCAGAAGGGGUGCGUGAAAACAUGUUUCCAUGGCGAUAACAGUGAUUGCAGCGAUGCACAGAGAAGGACAGCUGAUAGUGUCACCGUCCCGUUUCCAUUUGACAAACACGUUAAGAAUGUUUGGAUCUUUGUGAUUCAAUACAACACACGAUUCAUUGAAAGUACAAUCUGCUGAUUGAGAUGUGAUGAAGCAGAUGAGUAACCUAUUAAAUAACAAAACCAGAGACUGUCGAGCUCCAAAACACCAUACAAGUGUCAUAAAAGUCCAGUCUUAUUUUACACACCUGACUGAACUCAUGAGCUCAUUACUAGAAACUCCAUCAGCUGAAGUGAAUGUGUUAAAUAAAGGACACAUCCAACAUGUGCUGGGAAAAGCCUUGUCAUGGGGUUCUGUUGUUGUUGUUGUUGUUGUUGUUGUUCUUGUUCUUUUGGAUCUUGACAGUCCCAGUUAUGGAAAGAGAAGCUCAGACAUUCUGUGAAACUUCUACUGUGUUCCAUGCAAGAAAGAUUCAGAUAAUGGCGUGAAGUUUGUAAUUGUGUGUAUGAACAACCCAAAGUCCAGACAUGAACGGAUUCACAGAACUCACCUCACCGUCCACACAGAUCAAUGGUCACAGCUCUCUCUCUCCAGAUGUUCCUGCCAAAAAGACGAGUGCUAAAGCUCUUUACGGUACAGAUGGGGUGUAUUUCCUGCACACCUCUGCCAAACACAGAAAGAAAGAGCAAAGGAAAAACUACACCAAAAACAGCAUCAACAGUCUGACAGACACAACGCAGUACCAUGUGGAGCAUCUGACCACGUUUGUGGUGGACCGUAAAGAGGCCAUGUUGACCAUCGAUGACGGUAUCAGAAAACUGCGUCUGUUGGAUGCUAAAGGGAAGGUUUGGACGCAAGACAUGAUUCUACAGGUCGAUGAGAAAGCUGUCAGCCUCAUCGACAGUGAAACCAAGAAUGAGUUGGAGAACUUUCCUCUGAGUUCCAUCCAACACUGUCAAGCCGUGAUGAACGCGUGCAGUUAUGAUUCGAUACUCGCGCUGGUGUGUAAAGAAUCCGGACAGGGCAAACCGGACCUGCACCUGUUCCAGUGUGACGAUAUCAAGGCCAGUCUAAUCCACGUGGACAUCGAGAGUGCCGUCAGCGAUCACAAAGGCGGGAAAGUGAAGAAACGGCCAGAGGCGCUCAAAAUGAUCCUGAAGAGUGACGGCACCAUCCCGCCACCACCAGGAGGCCCCGCCCCCAAGCCUCCAGCAGCUGUCAGUCAAGAGAACCACAAGAGUCGAGUGGCCAGUUGGUCGGCCUGGACCAAUGAGCAGCAAGACUAUGAUAAACAGAGACAUCACGCUGAGCUGGAUGGGUUUCCAGAGAUGAGCGCUGCACAAGUGGACAGAGAUGUGCAAAUCCUGAAUCACCUUCUGGACGACAUCGAACACUUCGUCACUAAACUUCAGAAAGCUGCCGAAGCCUUUAGUGAACUCAACAAACGAAAGAAAUCUAAGAAGAGUAAAAAGAAAGGGCCAGGAGAAGGAGUUUUGACUCUCCGAGCGAAACCACCAACUCAAGACGAGUUUGUCGACUGUUUCCAGAAAUUCAAACAUGCCUUCAACCUGCUGGGAAAGUUGAAGAAUCACAUUCAGAACCCGAGUGCUGUGGAUCUGGUUCACUUCCUGUUUAAUCCUCUCAGACUGGUGAUCCAGACGUCAGGUGGAGUUGAUCUGGCUAAAAGUGUGAUCGUUCCUCUGCUCACCAGAGAAGCCAUUGACUUCCUGCAUGCUGCAGGUUCAGCAGACGAGAGACACCUGUGGGUCACACUGGGAGAUGGAUGGACCAAGUGCAGGUUGGAGUGGCCAAAGGAUCACAUGUUUCCUCCUCACACGUUGUGCUUUCGUGAUGGCUGGGAGCCGCCAGUGCUGGUGUCUCAUGAACAGGAAGUGGCGCAGCUGGCAGAGAGAUUGAUCCAGGCCGAGGUUCAGAGAUCAGGAGACAGACCGCCACUCGAUCAGUCACCGAUGGUUGAUGAUUUCUCCUGCACAGAUGGGUACGGGUUCACGAACACAUCACACAAGCGUUUGCACCUGCUGGAGCGAGACGCGGCCGUGGCGGCUUUUAAACACGCUGUCAGCCGUCAUGUAGAUAGAAAUGUGGACGAUCAUGGCAAAACGCAGCCCAGAAACUUUGCCAAAUCCAAAUAUGAUUUUGUGGCCAGAAACGCGACGGAGCUGUCAGUGUUGAAAGACGAGGUGGUGGAGGUUUUGGAUGACAGGAAACAGUGGUGGAAGGUGCGGAAUGGUGCAGGCGCUGCUGGAUACGUGCCAAACAACAUCCUGGAGAUCAGCCGAGCGGUGGACGUGACGGGCCGCGGGGAGCCCAUAUACAGCCACACCAUACAGCUAAUGAUGCCAAAAAAGGAGUUUGAGUUGUUUAAGCAAUUACUGGGCGAGUUAAACGAGAAACAUCGUUCAGACUAUGUGCCCAAACCAGCGGUGACACCUGCACCUCCCACCCCGACACCCCCUCCUCCUCCUGCCCCAGUGCAGAUCCCCACCCCCCCUCUGCCCCCCUCAUCUGCCCCACCGCCGGCCACCGAGCCUCAGAGCAACAACAGCGAACAAACAGCAAACAACAGCAGUGAGAACGACAGCGUGACGAUGAGAGAACAUCAGAGAGAACGACCUGCGCUUGCCAACCGUCGUAAGUCUAAUAUGGAGGAAGUUCAGGAUGAGUUGUUACACAGACUGACGUUGGGUCGCAGCGCACAGAAGAAGUUUCAGCCUCCUGCUCGCAGCACCAGUCUGUCGUCUGUGAACAUCACGUAUGACUCCACACCUGACGAGGUGAAGACCUGGUUACAGCUCAAAGGAUUCAGUGCUGUGACGAUCAACAGUCUGGGCGUGCUGACGGGCGCUCAACUCUUCUCUCUGAAUAAAGACGAGCUGAAGACGGUGUGUCCUGAUGACGGCGCUCGAGUUUAUAGUCAGGUCACCGUUCAGAAAGCUGCUCUCGAGAGGAGUUCCGGCUCAGAGCUUCAGGAGGUCAUGAGGAGGCGGCAGGAGAAACUGGCGUCGGCUGUAGCAGCGAGUGAUUCCGGCGUGGAGUUGUUCAAUCAGGGGAGCAACCACUGACCUCUGUCACCUCUGACCUUUUGCAGGACGCUGUGGAGCGCGCUCAGUUCGCAGCCAUAAUGCGCCGUCGACAGGAACUCUUGGACCCAUCUGAUAACGGAACCGGCUCGGAUGCGGACGAACACGCGUGACACGACUCGACAGGAAGUUUGACUUUUCUACACUGAUAUUAGAGACACAUGAAUAGUUUCAUAUGACAGCAGAAUGUAGUUUAGUGCCAUCAGUUCUUGCUUUCAUAAUCAACAUCUGAGGACUAAUGAAAACAUUCACAUAUAUUGAUGUUCAUAUUUACUACUUUAAAAGAACAUCCAGCUCAGUUUUAUAGCAAGAGAAGAUCAUUACAACAGCCGUGAAAUCAUCAAAAUCAGUGAUCGAUUAGAAUAUGACAGAAUCAUGUGUAAAUAUUGAUCAUUUAAUCAUGUUUAGGUCGAGAGGGGAUCGAUUGGCUGGAUUUUGGAUUAAAAGAUCAUUAUUUUCAAAUGUGACACUUCUAACCGCUCAAAUAUUUAUUAACCGCUCUGAAUGUACAUGGAAGAUUAUGGGUAAGAGAGAUUAUCAAGCUGUAUGUUUUUUAAUUACUAGCAUAAAAAUCAUAUUUAUUUACAUGAUUGUUUUGUACUUGAUUGUAAUGCCAAAAGAGAAGCUUUCUAAAUCUUACUAUUGGGAAAGAAAAGCUAAGUUUGUGGCCGCACAUGAUCUGCAUUUCUGUCGAUCUGCCUGUUUUUGUCUUCCAAAUCAAACUCGAGGAAACUUUGAACACAAUAAUUUAUCGAGUUUUGACAGAUUUUGGGCCAAAAUCAUUUAGCAGUUUUGUCUUCCUGUAUCAGAAGAGCUCUCUCUCUCUCUCUCUCUCUCUCUCUCUCUCUCUAGCCUGUUAUAGUGAUGUGAUGAUGUCAUUAUGAUGUCAUGUUUCAUACGGUCACUCACUUCCUGCUGUAACUCAUUUACCUUCACUGUCAGAACUGCGGCUGAUGUUUAGCCAAAAUAACUCUGUGGGUUAAAGGUGAACACACAUGCCACAUGUCACAUUAUACUGUAAAUAUAAAGUGUGUGUGCAGAAUAAAUCAUUAAUGUCA